AUGACGAAGGAGAAACACUUGGUCGUUAAAGAUGCAACCAGAGAUGAUCAAAACAGUACGAAGAAGCGACCAUACAAGAAUCUUAUCAAAGGGCAAUGGACGGCGGACGAAGACAGGAAGUUGAUAAGGUUGGUGAGGCAACAUGGGGAAAGGAAAUGGGCAAUGAUCUCGGAAAAGCUUGAGGGAAGAGCAGGCAAACAAUGUCGUGAGAGAUGGCAUAAUCAUCUCCGCCCUGAUAUCAAGAAAGAUGGAUGGAGCGAAGAAGAAGAGAGGGUUCUUGUAGAAGCACACAGGAGAAUUGGGAACAAAUGGGCAGAAAUCGCUAAACUCAUACCAGGACGUACCGAGAACUCUAUCAAGAACCAUUGGAAUGCGACUAAACGACGCCAAAACUCUAAACGCAAACCAAAACGCCAAGCGAACGCGGAUAACAAUGAUAGCGAUCUCUCUCCAUCAGCUAAAAGGCCAUGCAUUCUCCAAGACUACAUCAAAAGCAUCGACAGUAAUAACACUAACAAGGACAACGACGAGAACAAGAAUGAGAACUCCAUCAGUCUUCUUUCUACACCGACUCUUGAUCAGAUCUAUUCUGAUGGAGAUUCUGCAUCGUCGAUCCUUGGCGAUCCGUAUGACGAAGAGCUGGUUUACCUAAAAAAUAUAUUUGCGAACCACCCGAUUUCUCUUGAGAGCAUUGGUUUGAGCCAAACUUCUGAUGAGGUAAACCAAUCUUCAUCAUCUGGGCUUAUGGUCAAGAACCCUAACACUAACUCGCACAUUAAUGUUGGGACUCGUCAUCAUGAUCCGGCAGUGGUCGCAGUUCCAGCGCAUACUCCGCACCUUGCGUCUGAUAUCUACUUGUCUUACUUGUUGAAUGGUACAACAUCGUCCUACUCUAACCCUCAUUUUCCGUCUUCCUCAUCUUCCACGUCAUCCGCCACUGUUGAGUACGGAGGCCACAACGAGUUGCUUCUGCCUCAAGCUAACUCUACAAGUGAAAGAAGAGAGAUGGAUCUGAUAGAGAUGCUUUCUGGUUCUAUUCAAGGUAGCAACAUGUGCUUCCCAUUGUUCUAG